GGCGCACUCACACAUACGCUUCACAAUGCAUGCUCCUUGUACUGCCCUCCCACACGUAAGACCUUUUGAGGAAUAAAACCUACUCCAACAGUGAAAUAAACCAGUGGUCAAAUGUCAUCUGCGAAACGUCCAUGGAUUUACUGUACUCGAAAUUGUUACCGGCGAAAUACAUAAUGUUCCCCCUUUUUUCAUCCUCUCAGAACACCUCCAGAUAUGCUGGCCAAAGGACCAAAAGAACAGCAACAUGCGCUGCUAUGUCAAUGUCUAUAUUUUAAAAAUUGCACAGGAGGGAUA